CUUGUCUUUCAAUGUAACAAACCUGUGAAAAUGUGAGAAUUUGUAACACUUGUAUCUGCAAUCUGCUGCACAUUUCUUUACACUUUCAACAGCUGCAAUUCAUUCGCUCUGCUUGCUCCAGCUGACCCUCCUCCUCUUCCUCCUCCUCCUACUUCUACAAACGGAAUAUUAACCAACAGUGUUUUAGCAACUGGUUGCUCUUUUCACCUGAAGGAUGCCUACUCUUCUGUUCCCACGCAGACCUACACAUUUCUUCUUCUUUUCCAGUCAGAAUCAGAAACCAGAAUCAGAUAUCCGACAGAAACAUUAAUCAUCCCAAGAAGAGCAAACCGGUAUAGAUUGAAACGUCUUUGUCUCCUGUUAUUCCUGCCUAUACUUCUCAUCACUUGUCAUCACGAAACAGCAAUCAGAUCAGUUUAAACAGGAGCCAUGCAGCAACAAUUAUCUGAAACCAAGGUCAGGAUGUGCAAGUCAUUCCUGCGCCGCAACACCUUUGUACUCUUCACUGUGGCAGCAGUUGUAGUUGGAAUCAUGUUGGGAUUUGUUCUGCGACCUCAGAACUUAUCAUUAAGACAAAUAAAAUAUUUCUCCUUUCCUGGGGAGUUACUGAUGAGGAUGUUACAGAUGUUAGUCCUCCCACUCAUCGUGUCCAGUCUUGUUACAGGCAUUUCCUCCUUGGAUAGAAGAGCUUCUGGAAAGAUGGGAGCACGGGCUAUCAUUUACUAUAUGGUGACCACUUUCAUUGCUGUGUUCAUCGGUAUUGUGCUAGUGAUCAUUAUUCAACCUGGUAAAGGCAACAGAGACAGACCAAUGUCCUCUAGCGGAAGUAUUGAAUCAGUGCAAGCUGCUGAUGCCUUUCUGGAUCUUAUCAGAAAUAUGUUUCCACCUAAUUUAGUGGAAGCCUCUUUCAAACAGUACAAAACUCUUUACAAGAAAGCUGUUUUCACCAAGGACAUAACAGUUUUAGUCAAUGCUAGUCAUGACACCAAUGCCACCAAGUACAGCCAUGUGGGAAAUAACAGUGCAGUCCUGCAGACCAUACAGGAGACAGUGGAGGAGAUGAUUCCUGUCUCAGGUUCCUCUAAUGGAGUGAAUGCUCUAGGUCUUGUGGUGUUUUCUGUAUUCUUUGGCUUGGUAAUUGGGAAUAUGAAGCAGCAGGGCCAGCCAUUGAAGGACUUCUUUGAUUGCCUCAAUGAUGCCAUAAUGCACUUAGUGGCAAUCAUUAUCUGGUAUGCACCAAUUGGGAUUCUCUUUUUAAUUGCUGGAAAGAUCAUUGAAAUGAAAGACCUGGCACAGGUUGGAGGGCAGCUGGGCAUGUAUAUGGGCUGUGUCAUCAUUGGCUUACUAAUCCAUGGUCUCUUCAUACUGCCCUUGCUCUUCUUCAUGAUUACUCGGAGGAACCCCUAUACAUUUAUUGGUGGUCUAAUCCAGGCUUUGAUCACUGCCUUGGGAACAUCAUCUAGUUCAGCUACCCUUCCCAUCACAUUCCGAUGCUUAGAGGAGAACAACCAUGUGGACAAACGUGUAACACGGUUUGUUUUGCCAGUGGGAGCCACCAUAAACAUGGAUGGUACAGCUUUAUAUGAAGCAGUGGCUGCCAUUUUCAUAGCUCAAGUUAAUGACAUGGACCUGAACUUUGGUCAAAUCCUUACCAUUAGUAUCACAGCAACAGCUGCCAGCAUUGGAGCAGCAGGUAUUCCUCAGGCUGGUUUGGUAACCAUGGUGAUUGUAUUGACAUCCGUGGGACUGCCCACCGAGGACAUAACACUCAUCAUUGCUGUUGAUUGGUUCUUGGAUCGCCUCAGAACCAUUACCAAUGUGCUGGGAGACUCAUUGGGAGCUGGUAUCGUGGAACAUAUGUCACGAAAGGAACUGCAGAACUUGGACACAGAUAGUAGCAACUCUGAGACUGAGGAGAAUAAAAAGUCUUAUCAGCUCAUCUGCCAGGACGACAACUGCCUCGGGCACCAAAACAGUGAAAGUACAAUGUAAAAAAAAUCAUAAUACAGAGAAAGGCCACUAGGGAAAACAGCUAAAAACAUAUUAUUGGGUGUAAUGUCAUGUUAGUAUGUUUACAAAUAAGAAAACACACCAUAAUUUUAGAAUAUUUGCAUUCUCAUGACAAGACAAAUCUGAAUAAUCAAAUAAUCAAGACAAAUCUGGAUUUUUCAACAAAUAAAUAUAUUAUAUUAUAUACCACAAUUCAACAAUUAAAAAAAAAUGGAUAGUGGACUGAUUCUAGUUAAAUGCUAAAACACCUUUCAGACAAAAAUAUUGGCAUCACUCCUUAAUCCUAGCUUUUCUUUCCCCUAAGAGUGUAAUACGAUUUUACUUUUGAUAACAAGGGCAGACUUCAUCAAAAUAUUUAUAUGAACAAAUCAAGAAAAGUGAUUCUGUAUCCGGAAUAUUUGUAGUGGUGGAAUUAUCAAUUAAAGAGAAAAGCGAA